CAGAGGAUGAGGAUCUGCUGACAGUGAGGAGCCAAUGAUGUCUGGAUGUCAGACUCUGCAGAGAAGAUGGAGCUGGAGGAAGACCUGGUCUCUGGACCCGAUGGAGAAGAAAAGAUAACAGAGAAGAUAUCACUCAAGUCAGAAGACGUCACUCAGAUUUGCUGUAUGGAUAAUUGUAAUACUUCUAAUACAUCAGCAACCAAGGAGGUGACAUCAUCAGGUAUAGAAUGUGAUGACAUCACAGAUGGUGGUCGGUUAUACCACUGCAGGAUACAGGCAAACCCUUCACUUUCUGUUAGUUCAGAUUGAGAGCGCUCAGUUUUCCUGAGAGUGAUAAAUAUUUCUUCUUCUAAUAUGACGAGCCCAACCCUGGCUAUCCUGCCAUUGUUUUGGGCAUUAUGGACCUUCGUGGGUGUCCUUACCACCUUCACCAUGACCAUCGCACAAGGCCAUUACCGGACAGGGGUCAUCAGCAUCAGUGACACUGGAGCAGAAUAUCCGGAAUCCAUCGUGCUGACUAUAGUGUCCACCGUAUCUUCUCUGCUAGAGGCCGGGAUUUUAUACAUCAUCUACAAGUCCAUGGAGAUCAAGGCCCUGAAGAGAAGCCUUUGUGGAAUCACCUACCAAACAUGGCUGCUAACAUUUGGAUGGAUGACCUGUAUUGGAAACAUCAUUACCCCAUUGAUACAGGAUUCAUCAAUGCUUAAUGACGGCUGCCUGGCGGUGUUAUCCAGUACCAUCAACUACGGGGGAAUAUCUGUGGCAUCUCAGCUGUAUCCAGGCUACAGGGACCGGAGAUGUAGGCGCCUUACCACCACGGUGCUGUCGGUGACCAUCUUGCUGGCAAACAUUAGCCGGUUAUCCUGUAAAAUGAUGGCAUUAUACACCUGUACAAGCGAGUUCUGCACACAGUCUUCCAGAAUUACGCUGACCAUCCUGGAGUGGGUCGUAUUGUGUUCUCCUGCAUAAGCCAGAUUCUGCUAUAUUGGGACUUCCCGGUUCUUACUACAACAUCUAAGAGGAACAUGAUAGAAGCCGAGAGCGUCCUGAGUGUGGAUCCAUUGACAGUGCCUCUAUUAGAUGGAGAACUAGAGGAUCAACCAGAUGACGUGACGCCAGAUGACGCUUCAUCAUGUGACUUUGUUACAGUAGAACUAUUUUCAGCAGAGGACACAAUACCAUCAGAGUAGGAGCAACAGCGUCCCACUGGAAAAGCCCCCCCCCUCUCCCCCCCCCCCCCCCCAAAAAAAAAAAAAAUGGAUGGAUAGAUCUAUCUAUCUAUCUAUCUAUCUCAUAUCUAUCUAUCUCAUAUCUAUCUAUUAUGAGAAGGUGAAAGGCAUGGUGGUUGAUGGGCGAUAUGUGUCACCAAGGUUCCUGGCCUUGGUGAAGUAAGAGCCGGUAUUUAGUCAGUGUCUGUGCUGUGAUGCAGACUGACACUGUGGAUGUAGUAUGGCUGGAAGGCCUAUCUGGGACCACUCUUACUGGGAAUGGCCAAGUGUAGGGUGGGGGCCAUUCCCCACAAUCCAGGCCGCCUUUUGUUGGCCUUAAAGGCAGCCUGCUCCACCAGCUGAGGGGGAUUUACUAGUUGCAACUCACACUGCCAGAGAGAGCUGAGAGUGGAAUCCUUCCCUGAGAGGUUGGAAGAUGGUCGGCCGACUGCCUGGAGGCCUGGAAAAGACUUGCUUGAUGCCGCAUGGCAUGGACUCAGGAUCAGCUGGCACCUGUUGUCCUGUGUGAAGCUGCUUCCUUGUGACUUUUCUAUCUAAAUAAAUAUAUUUUAUUACUUGGGUUUCCUUGUUUUAUGUGU